UGGCAUCACAGACCACCUGACGGGGAGUGACUAUUAUCUGCAGGAGUAGUGGCUAUAACAGUGAUGGGUUGUUACCAUUUAUUAGAUAUUUUAAUCAAUUGCUGUUGUUUUCGGUGCCGAGGUAUAUAAGAGAAAAUGAAGGAGAUGUUUUCCUAAUAACUCACAAGAAAUUAAUAAUGUCAUGCGAUGAAUAGUGGAAAUAAAUCGAUUCAUUUGGACAUCGACCCACAUCUGUAUUCCUGAAUGAUGUCACUUAAAAGAAGUAUCAGCAUCAUGCCUUCCACCGUCAGAUGUGUCCUACGGUUCAAGAAGCUGUCAGGGAACGCUACAACUCCCAGUAAAGGUUCAAAACUGGCCGCCGGGUUUGACUUGUGCAGUGCGUAUGAUAUAAUAAUUCCAGGCCAGGGCAAAGCUCUUAUCAAGACGGACAUACAGGUAGAGUUACCAGAAGAUUGUUAUGGCAGGGUGGCACCACGAUCUGGUCUUUCCUGGAAGAAUCACAUUGAUGUUGGAGCCGGUGUUAUUGACCGAGACUACCGGGGAAAUGUUGGCGUUGUUCUCUUCAACCAUGCCAAGACUGAUUUUGAAGUAAAGAAGGGUGACCGAGUAGCUCAGCUCGUAUGUGAAAAAAUCUUGUAUCCAGAUAUCGAGGAAGUUGAGGAACUCGUGGACACAGAACGAGGUGCUGAUGGUUUUGGAUCAACUGGAAUGAAGUAGAAAAUCCAUCCAGAAAAUUUUAUGAAACCCAAUGAGUUUAAUUUUUGUGAUGCUAAUUUGUAAUUGUAUCGUCCGUUAUGGAGUAAGGUGGAUAUAUAUAUACAGUACACCUGUAGUAAUCUCUUGCAUUAGUGUAUUAAGUCAUUUGUUCAUCCAUUUGUCAUUUCCACUUCUUGUGUUUAGGAUAUCUCAAGACUGGAUAGUGAUAUGACUGACAAAUUUCACUCAACAUUGGAUUGGAAUUUGAAAGUCAAGAGUCGCAGCUACCAGAUAAUCCACGUGUAAUAGAUAUCUUAAGACUGGAUUGGUUGAUUUUCAUCUUACUUAUCAGACACGAGACAAAUUUUACGCUGUGUGUAUCUUUUGAAGGUCACAACUCGUAUGUGACUGAGCCCUUGGUUCCCCCCAUUUUAUGCCAAUAAAGUGUUCAAAGUG